GAAAUACCUUGCGAGCAGGUCACGAUUCGGCCACUUUCCAGCGCAAUAUCUACACUGGUGACAGUCUUGUCAUGUCCCUUUAACUCAUCCUUCAAGGCGAACCCGCUGCCAGUUCGUCCAUAGAGCUCGACGCUGGUAUCUCUCGCAACAGCCAGCGUUUGCUUGUCAGCGGAGAAGGAAUGGUCAGCAAUCGGCCGGUGAAAGAGCUGAUGCACUUCUGGUGGAGCCAUUGCGUUGUUAUUUUGCGAUAGGAGGAGCUCUCUACUAUCAGAAGGUGCAGACACAGGGGGUAGGAUGCGCUGGGUGUGAAUGACGGGAAUGGUGGACUCAAGCUCGGUGGUGGGGGUGUACCUUGGUAUCAAUAUUGAGGCCUUGAAUGUCGGGCGCAAUAUAUUUAACUAGUUUAUCAAGUCAACCUCGAGGCUUAGGAGAGCUCCCCGCAACCCCCCCCCCUUCGUUCAAUAACAACCUGGAACUUCACAAUGCCAGAUAAAAAGAUACCCACGUACGCGCCGAAUUCAUCGUGAGUCAAUUCAAACGUUGCAUCCCGAAUUACCACUCUAAUUGCCCUAGACUCUACGUCACAAACCUCCCAUCAUCAAAAAUCCAGAAGGAGGACUUGCGCAAGUCUCUAUAUUCCCUCUUCUCCACAUAUGGACCUGUACUCGAUGUAGUAGCCCUGCGGACGGCAAAGAUGCGAGGCCAAGCUCAUAUCGUCUUCCGCGAUGUUCAGACCUCAACGCAGGCAAUGAGAGAUUUGCAGAGCUUCGAAUUCUUUGGCAAAGAAAUGGUAAGCUCCUCCAGGUCUCGAGAGACAAGAAUUUUAUGUCUAAUGCGUGUCCAUUUUAGCAAAUACAGUAUGCCAAAUCAAAAUCAGACGCGAUUGCGAAGUUAGAUGGAACAUUUCAUAUGCCCUCUGCCGCUGCUGGUGCAGUCACUGCAACUGCCUUGCAACAGAGUAUUUUCAAUGCUCUACCAUCAGCCUUAAACACCACUUCCACGGCCCCAUCGACACUAAAGCCCCCACCAGCACCAACAGAUCAGACCGUGGAGGAUGCCAGAAGCCCAACGACGAGUGUUGCAGGUCAAAAGAGGAGAAGAGACGAGGAGGACGAAGAGGAGGAUGGCAGCGAUGAAGAUGUUGCUAUGGAAGAGGACAGUGACGAUGAUUAGGGCUAACGAAAUCGAAGAAAACUUGCUGAAAAAGGCGUUUGGAGUAGGACAUUGGAUGGCCCAAAAAAUACUUCUCAGGUGAACGAAGAUACCAGCAGGCAGGCAAGAGAAACAAGCUAAAUAAUACAAGGUCGAGCCAUUUACAGUAGCUCCGUGAUUACCGAUUCAUUUUUGUGGAGAAAUCCAUGGUCUAUUUUUCCCAUGAGGCCUGUUAUAAGGGGGUAUCAUAUCGAAUCUACUCAUCCUUCGCCAUCUCUGGGGGGAUCCAUAAACCUACGCAACCACCUACUAAUCCGAUCCAGACCAUAAGGUAUUUGUCCAAGGGGAUAUCAAAGUUCUCCAUCGCUUCUUUUGUCUGACACGGAUGGAUGAAGAAGGCUGGGACAUCAGUUACUGGAUGUGGCUAAGACGUGAAUCAGUAUUUCCAUUUUGUCACGCGUCGACAUUCAAUGCAUCUGAGAGUGGGCAGGCUGGUGGUUCUCGGUACUUACUGCAGCAGAAAUCCCACCUGUGAAUCCAGCUGCUCGAAGUUGAGUCUUGUACUCUUGGGGGACGAGAUAGCGGUAAACGGAAUUCAGAUCAAAUGUGGGAUCUUCCAUGGGAAGAUCGUGCAAAGUAAACCACAAAGUAGGCAUUCUGUAAGUGGGGUGUAGGUGUAUUUCAUAAGUGACAUAUGGCU